AUGAUCAUGGUGCAGAAACCCAUACACCUCCUCUCGUCUCCAACAUCCCACCGCAGACACCCGUCCGCCCCCCCUGCCGUCGUUGUUCAGUCGACCCGCACACCCGGCCUUCUCUCCCUUUCCAAGCCCCCGCAGCCCGUCCUCCCACGCCCCCAUCAUCGACAGCAGCAACAGCGCAUCCAGCGCCCUGCACCAAAGGUCGAGCUUGCCAACUCGACCACCCGUUCCCCCGCGCCCAUCCAUGCCCAGACGCAGCCCAUCGAGGGCCCCAAGAAGGCUCUCCCCCGAAAGGAGAGUACUACGUUCAAAGCGGACGGCUCUCACCUUUCCCCCUCCGCAGCUGAACGCCGCGGCCGCCAGAACAUCAAACCUGUGAAAGAGAAGACAUCUCAGAGGAGCGCUUCUCACUCUUCUAUUCGCACACAUGUGCGCCGGCAUCCCCACCAUCAAGGGUCUCCUCCCCUCCCCUCUCAAAUGCACCCGCAGUCCGAGGUACUCUCUUCCAAGUCCAAUGCUAACACCCGCUCGUCGUCGGCUCUUUCCCGCUCUCGCAACCCCAACAUCAACUCCUUCGACCCCUUCGUUGUCAGCUCAGAUAGCGACUCCGAAGCGUCUCGUACCGCAGGCUCGGACUCGGCGCCGAAACCCCAGCUGGUCCGAGCGCCGAAGUUGACCCCCAGGCCUUCGGGUAAACUCGCUCGCCGCCGUCUGCCGCAUUCGGAAGUUCCCGGAACCCCGACUCCGCCCUCGUCCAGAGCCCUGCCGGUUCCGCGUGGCAAGAAUCAAUCACGCACCCACACCACCGGCGCCAUGAAUUUGUCUCGUUCGGAUCCCGUCCUGUCGUCGAUGCCCGCCCGCCCUAUCCUCAAACGGAGUGCUGCUUCCAACGUGGCAUGGGAUGCUUUCCCGGUCUGUGAUGACCUUACAGAUGCAGAGGAUGAUGCACCUUCUACACCUGUCCGCGAGAAGGGCCACAUGGCCACUACAUGGCAGCAGAGCCUUGUCUUCGACGACGCUCCCCGCACGGCCCCCUUGACAUCAACUCUUGCGGGUUACCCCUUCUCUCAGCGAAGCCCCUCGACGCCUACGCCCGAUCGCAAGAGACUGCACCAACGCUCUCCUAGCGAAGGCGUUUUCAACAUGUCCAUGGACGAUGACAGCUCUUCGGACGCGGCGGAAGAGCUCAAGGCGUUGGUCGGAUUAUUGCCGAACAAGCGCAUCUCCUCUGCGAGCUCGACUCCCAAUGGCUCGGGCAAGUCGACAAAGAAGGACGAACGCCAUGGUUUCUUUGCGAGCUCGAACUUCCAGAACUCCCCGAGCCCUGACGAUUUACCUCCCCCUGCGUUUGGUCUGAAGUUCUAAACUUAUUGCCUCGUUUAUGUGCAGAGAUCUCAUUUGGGUCCCAUGAACUGCUUUUAGAUGAUUUUCGCAAAAUGACUGCCUGUGGCCUCGACGAUUAAUGCCUUUUCAUAGUACAUAUCGGCCUGGGCGCAACUGCGCCGUGGCUUUGGACGUUUUUCGAUAUCAUUAUUUCGUCGAUUUUGGCCAUCGUCGUCGCUGCCUCAUUCCCGCAGUCUACAACUCUCCUCGUGGUUCAUCUGGGCCCCUUCGACUUCUCUUCACCUUCCUCUGGUCAUACCCCCGUCAUGGUUCACGCUCAGGACACCCUCGCCCUCAUUGGGGUCGGCACCGAUAUUCAUACCACGGUCGUCGAUUGGAACACUCGCAUCCAUCUCGCAUUACCCUCUACCCUUCACUACGCUUUCCCCACCAUCUUCAAGGUUGCGACUUCCCCCCAUGUUUUUGUCUCUGGUCGUCUCUCUCGACCCUUUUCUCUAUCUCUCUCUUUCGCCUCCCACUGUUUCAUUAUAUCGACACACUCGCAUGCUCUCGCAUCACUUGCCCCCGGGCGCCAUCACAUGACUAUCUAGACCGGCGCCCGCGAGGAUUGUAACAAAAGAGCGGCACCGGACGCAACGACUAGCUAUCACAACGCAGAAAUCAUUGAAUCUUCAAUGUGGUCUCGUCGCUGUCGCAUCGAUAUAUAUUACCUCGCCUCCAUCUCCGUCCGGUUGUCCACCUCUUCCCCCUCAACUGCUUAUUUAUACAUCUAUCGGGGAUGGCAUUACUGCCUUCGUUGCCCUGCGCAGAGGCUAGUGUGUACCCCGUCCCACCUGUCCAGCGCGACUAUCUCGUAUUGCACAUCGUUUGGCCUGGCCUCGCCCUGUGUUCUUGGAUCUUUUGGAACUAGUAUCACGCUCAACUCCCUUGCCUCAACGAACUCUCCCACUCCAGUAAUCUAUUCCUCGUCUCGCGCGCUAUCCUAUUCGUCUUCUCAGGCGUGUCGAGAUUACUUAUUUUCUACUUCUUCUAUCAUUUUUAACGUCCUGUUAUGGAUGUUCCCAGUGUAUCAAGUAUCGCUAAGAUAUCCAUUCCACUUCUCCGUUUUAUUUUUCCCUUUCCACCCUUCAUAGCUGGUCGCAAUGUCGCACACAUCCACACGUAUUGCAUUUGCAUACGCACGCCUCACGUCAUCGCCUCCUACUUCUGUGUUUUUCUUCCUUCUUCUGGCUUUACCUCGGGUAUUCAGUUUGUUGGCAAGCUAUUUGACUCUUAUUCACGUGUGUAUUAGCGUUCUCGUUACUUUUCUUACGAGCGAUGAGAGCCGGACGCCAUUUUUUCCCCAUCCGUCUCAUGUCGCGCUCUCGUAUAUUAUAUUUUCUUGUUCUAGGCGCGCCAUCUUUUUGGCGAUAUUUUCUCUUCAGUGUUCCUUUCUUUUUGGCAGGGUGUAAGUCUGUGGUGGUGCUUGUUCAAUUGUGUUUAUCCUAUCGCGCACACGCAUACCCCACACCUCAUCCCAGCCCCGACAUAUAAACAGCACAACUCCCCUAGUCUAGC